ACACAAAGAAAAUAGAAAAGUAAGAAUCAAGAUGGAUGGUAUGGACGAAGCAAGGCGGUUGCAGUACUGAUACUGGCAGUGAUUGGAUUCAAGCUGGUCAUGGAUUCCCAUACUCAUCCACCCACGUGCAUACUUCAACUCCCUCCGUAAUUCACUUCCACCCUCAUUAAAUAUAUAUAUAGCCACAGAGAUUUGCAGACACUGCCCUGCAGGUUUCAGUUUUCGUGCCUAUCUUCAUACAAGAACUGGGGCUGUAGAACUAGUCGCAUGCAUAGCGAUUCGUUGUAAGAUCAUCUUUGACAUAUAGUUGUAGAAGCAGGAGAAAGAGAUACUCCAAGAAGAUGGAAAAGUACGAGUUGAUGAAGGAUUUGGGAGCUGGAAAUUUCGGGGUGGCAAGACUCUUGAGGCACAAGGAGACCAAGGAACUCGUCGCCAUGAAAUACAUCGAGCGUGGCCGCAAGAUUGAUGAGAAUGUGGCGAGAGAAAUUAUCAACCACAGAUCGCUCCGGCACCCCAACAUAAUCCGUUUCAAGGAGGUGGUUUUGACACCCACGCAUUUGGCGAUUGUGAUGGAAUAUGCGGCCGGCGGAGAGCUCUUCGAACGCAUCUGCAAUGCCGGUAGAUUUAGUGAAGAUGAGGCUAGGUAUUUCUUUCAGCAGCUGAUCUCUGGUGUCAAUUAUUGUCAUUCCAUGCAAAUAUGCCAUAGAGAUUUGAAGCUGGAAAACACACUUUUAGAUGGAAGCCCUGCGCCACGGCUAAAAGUUUGUGACUUUGGUUAUUCUAAGUCAUCCCUACUGCAUUCAAGACCCAAAUCUACGGUUGGAACUCCAGCAUACAUUGCACCAGAAGUUCUUUCUCGGAGAGAGUAUGAUGGCAAGUUGGCAGACGUAUGGUCUUGUGGAGUAACUCUCUAUGUCAUGCUGGUGGGAGCAUAUCCUUUUGAAGACCAAGAUGACCCCAGGAAUUUUAGAAAAACAAUUCAAAAAAUAAUGGCUGUUCAGUACAAAAUCCCCGACUAUGUUCACAUAUCUCAAGAUUGCAGGCACCUACUCUCUCGGAUAUUUGUUGCAAGUCCAUCCAGGAGAAUUACAAUUAAAGAAAUCAAGAACCAUCCAUGGUUUUUAAAGAAUUUGCCAAGGGAGCUAACAGAGUCUGCUCAAGCUAUCUAUUACCAGAGAGACAAUCCAAGCUUCUCUCUUCAAAGUGUGGAUGAGAUCAUGAAAAUUGUAGGAGAGGCAAGAAACCCACCUCCAUCAUCUAAGCCUAUCAGGGCCUUUAGCUGGGGAGCAGAAGACAAAGAAGAAGAAGGUAACGAAGACAUAGAUGCGGAGGUGGAGGAAGAAGAGGGCGAAGAAGACGAGUAUGACAAGAGGGUCAAAGAGGUUCAUGCAAGUGGAGAGUUUCAAAUCAGCUAAGCAGUUUCAUCCUUCUGUGGUCAUAAGAUAAUUGAAGUGUUUAAAGUUGUGGCCGUAGCAUAUUUAUCAAUUUGUAUGUAUGAUUUAAUAAUUGAUGCUACAAUCUCGAAAAAAAAAAAAAAAAAAGGAAUGGUGGAUUCUAGAGUAUAGAACUUUGCAUGCAAUCUACUAUCUGUUUUUCCAUGGAGGCCAAAAGUAUCAGAAAAGGAUAGUUUUCUUGUUAUAUGCGAACUUGAAUAUGUUUGAUCGA